CCUUAGGCAUUUCUUUUCUAAGAAGCCUGAAGGAAAUCCUAAGGCUUCAGCCACCAUUCUCUGUUCUUUCGCACAUUCCUUCCCAGGAACUCCCAAGAAUACCUGAUUUUGGGCGCUAGUUCAUCCUAGGGUGGGGAGAGGGGACUACAUUUCCCAGGAUGCACCGCGAAUAAACGCUGGAACUCUAUUUCCCAGAAUUCCUUGGGCUUCAAUUCAGCCAGAAAUCUUCCUUUGGGGGUUGGAGACGUCGGGGCCAAGAUGGCGACGGGAACGGGCAAACAUAAGCUGCUGAGUACUGGCCCUACAGAGCCAUGGUCCAUCCGAGAGAAGCUGUGUUUAGCGUCUUCGGUCAUGAGGAGUGGCGAUCAAAAUUGGGUAUCAGUUAGCAGAGCAAUCAAGCCCUUUGCAGAACCUGGCCGCCCUCCAGACUGGUUCUCUCAAAAACACUGUGCUUCCCAGUACUCAGAGCUUCUAGAGACCACUGAGACCCCAAAACGGAAACGGGGUGAAAAGGGAGAAGUGGUAGAAACCGUUGAAGAUGUCAUUGUUCGGAAACUGACUGCUGAGCGAGUUGAGGAACUAAAGAAAGUGAUAAAAGAAACCCAGGAAAAAUAUAGACGACUGAAAAGAGAUGCAGAACUAAUUCAAGCUGGGCACAUGGACAGCAGACUGGAUGAACUUUGCAAUGACAUUGCGAUGAAAAAGAAACUGGAAGAAGAGGAGGCUGAAGUAAAGAGGAAGGCUACAGAUGCGGCAUAUCAGGCCCGUCAAGCAGUAAAAACACCCCCUCGGAGGUUACCUACUGUGAUGGUCCGCUCUCCUAUAGAUUCUGCCUCCCCUGGAGGUGAUUAUCCACUUGCGGACUUGAAUGCAACCACUAUGGAAGAGGCCGCCUCUGGGGUAACCCCUGGGACUUUGCCGAGUACCCCAGUCACCUCGUUUCCUGGAAUUCCUGACACCCUUCCUCCAGGCUCUGCACCCUUAGAAGCCCCCAUGACCCCAGUAACAGAUGAUUCACCCCAGAAAAAGAUGCUUGGACAGAAAGCAACUCCACCCCCUUCCCCUCUGCUGUCAGAGCUCUUGAAGAAGGGCAGCCUCCUGCCUACUAGCCCCAGACUGGUCAAUGAGAGUGAAAUGGCUGUGGCUUCUGGCCACCUGAACAGUACAGGUGUCCUCUUGGAGGUAGGCGGGGUCCUUCCCAUGAUACAUGGUGGGGAGAUGCAGCAAACACCCAGCACUGUUGCAGCCUCCCCUGCUGCCUCAGGUACUCCUACUCUUUCCCGGCUUUUAGAAGCUGGUCCUACACAGUUCACCACACCUCUUGCUUCCUUCACUACUGUUGCCAGUGAACCUCCAGUUAAACUUGUGGCACCCCCUGUAGAAUCUGUAUCCCAGGCUACCAUUGUCAUGAUGCCUGCGCUGCCAGCACCAUCCUCUGCUCCGGCUGUCUCCACUCCUGAGAGUGUAGCUCCAGUGAGUCAGCCUGACACAUGUGUUCCCAUGGAGGCUGUGGGGGAUCCACAUACUGUGACUGUUUCCAUGGAUAGCAGUGAAAUCUCCAUGAUCAUCAAUUCUAUCAAAGAAGAGUGUUUCCGAUCAGGGGUAGCAGAGGCCCCUGGAGGAUCAAAGGCUCCCAGCAUUGAUGGGAAGGAAGAUUUAGAUCUGGCUGAGAAGAUGGAUAUUGCAGUGUCUUACACAGGUGAAGAGCUGGAUUUUGAGACUGUUGGGGACAUCAUUGCCAUCAUUGAGGACAAGGUAGAUGAUCAUCCCGAAGUGCUGGAUGUGGCUGCAGUGGAAGCAGCACUGUCAUUCUGUGAGGAGAAUGAUGAUCCCCAGUCACUACCUGGCCCCUGGGAGCACUCUAUCCAGCAGGAACGGGAUAAGCCAGUACCUCUCCCUGCACCAGAGAUGACAGUCAAGCAAGAGAGGCUGGACUUUGAAGACACAGAAAGCAAAGGAAUCCAUGAACUGGUGGACAUCAGGGAGCCUGGUGUUGAGAUCAAAAUGGAACCUGCAGAACCAGAGCAAGGCAUUUCAGGGGCUGAAAUGGUAUCUGGAGUUGUUCCAGCCACAAAUAUGGAGCCACCAGAACUCAGGAGUCAGGACUUAGACGAGGAACCCAGAAGUAUAGCAACUGGAGAAAUUACUGAAGCAGAUGUUUCCAGUAGGAAAGGUGAUGAGACUCCACUUACAGCAGUGAAGACAGAGGCAUCCCCUGAAAGCAUGUUGUCUCCAUCACAUGUUGUCUCAAAUCCCAUUGAAGAUCCUUUAGAGGCAGAGACUCAGCACAAGUUUGAAAUGUCAGACUCAUUGAAAGAAGAAUCAGGGACUAUUUUUGGAAGCCAGAUAAAGGAUGCCCCAGGUGAGGAUGAGGAGGAAGAUGGAGUCAGUGAAGCGGCAAGCCUAGAGGAGCCUAAGGAAGAAGAUCAAGGAGAAGGCUAUUUGUCAGAAAUGGAUAACGAACCCCCUGUGAGUGAGAGUGACGAUGGCUUUAGCAUUCACAAUGCUACGCUGCAGUCCCACACACUGGCAGACUCCAUCCCCAGCAGCCCUGCUUCUUCACAGUUCUCUGUCUGUAGUGAGGAUCAGGAAGCUAUUCAGGCACAGAAAAUCUGGAAGAAAGCCAUCAUGCUUGUAUGGAGAGCUGCAGCUAAUCAUAGGUAUGCCAAUGUCUUCCUCCAGCCUGUUACAGAUGACAUAGCACCUGGCUACCACAGCAUUGUACAGAGGCCUAUGGAUUUGUCAACUAUUAAGAAAAACAUUGAAAAUGGACUGAUCCGCAGCACAGCCGAAUUUCAGCGUGACAUUAUGCUGAUGUUCCAGAAUGCUGUGAUGUAUAAUAGCUCAGACCACGAUGUCUACCAUAUGGCAGUAGAAAUGCAGCGAGAUGUUUUGGAGCAGAUCCAGUUCAAAAUAGGUCGUAAGGCAGCAGAGACAAUUUACAACCUCAACAAUGCAUUUGCCCCAAGAAUUGCUAACAAACAUACAGUGCAGUGGUGGUUCAAGAAGUGUUGCAAAGGAGAUGAGAGCCUUGAAGAUGAGGAGCUUAGUGGCUGGCCAGUGAAAGUUGACAAUGACCAAUUGAGAGCCAUCAUUGAAGCUGAUUCUCUUACAACUAUGCGAGAAGUUGCCAAAGAACUCAACGUUGACCAUUCUAUGGUCGUUCAGAAUUUGAAGCAAAUUGGAAAGGUGAAAAAGCUUGAUAAGUGGGUGCCUCCUGAGCUGACCGCAAAUCAAAAAAAUCAUUUUGAUGUGUUGUCUUCUCUUAUUCCACGCAACAACAGACCAUUUCUUGAUUGGAUUGUGGCAUGUGAUGAAAAGUGGAUUUUAUACAAUAGCAGGCGACAACCAGCUCAGUGGCUAGACUAAGAAGAAGCUCCAAAGCACCUCUCAAAGCUGAACUUGCACCAAAAAUUGGUCAUGGUCACUGUUUGGUGGUCUGCUACCAGUCUGAUCCACUACAGCUUUCUGAAUCCCUGUGAAACCAUUACAUCUGAGAAGUAUGCUCAGCAGAUCGAUGAGAUGCACCAAAAAUUGUAACUCCUGCAACUGGCAUUGGUCAAUAGAAAGGGCCCAGUUCUUAUCCAUGACAACACCCAACCGCAGAUCACAAAACCACUACUUCAAAAGUUGAACAAAUUGGGCUAUGAAGUUUUGCCUCAUCUGCCAUAUUCUCCUGACCUCUCGCCAACUGACUACCACUUCUUCAAGCAUCUCAACAACUUUUUGUAGGGAAAAUGCUUCCACAACCAGUAGGAGGCAGAAAAUGCUCUCCAAGAGUUUGUUGAAUCCCAAAGCACGAGUUUUUAUGCUACAGAAAUAAACUUUAUUUCUCAUUGGCAAAAAUGUGUUGAUUGUAAUGGUUCCUAUUUUGAUCAAUAAAGAUGUGUUUGAGCCUGGUUA